CGUUAACUGCAGCUGCUGCGAGAAAAUCUACCAACUUCCUGCUGGCUGGGUGGAAAAAUACAGGAAACAACGAGAGCUUGAAACGGUGCUGAGUCACUGGUUGCUAUGGCAACGGCCCACAGCACCACUCCUCAAACAGUCCCUGUGUGUCAAACUGCUGGGUCCAACACCUUUACUCAUCAGUCAGGUUACAGGAAGAGCUUUUACGCUUUUCAAAGGCCGCAGCCAGCAGGUUGAUACGGGCGGUUACCCAGGGCGGCACCAGAACUGGGGGAGGCACAUAAGAACUGAUGUUUGGUUAAAACAUUUACAGUCCUGUGAAAACUACUCAACCCCUUAUAGACUUUAAAUAGGCUGUUCAUGCAGGAAAACUCUCCAGUGUGUCCAGAACAAUUCAGCAGAGCAGAGUGGGUCAGAACUGCUGCUGCUCAGGGUGUACUUACUUUCCUACAUAGAACCAUGACUCAGGAGCCAUAAUGAGAGCAGAAACACUUUUAACAAAGUAAUGACUGAAAGGAACAAAAGUCCUGCUGAGAUUUUAAAUAAAGAGAGUAAAUUGAAAUGUUUCUUCAUUGAAUUUGGACUUUGAUGAUUUACAUUUAAAAACAUUGAAUUUACUGUUUGUGCUGAAUGAUAAACCUGUUUAAAAGCAAAAUAAAAACCAUGAUGUAUGUACAUAUAUUAUAAUUCAGCCCAGAGGUCAGAUAAUUCCUAUAUGACUUGGGAAAAGUUUUUAUUUUUGACUUAUUUUAAAACAUUAAAUGUCAUGUCUUGACCCAUUUCUCAAGUAGCCUUUAUACCAAAUACUGUUAACUCUUACUUGAGUAGUUUCUUGGAUGUAAGAAUAUACUGAAGUCGUACUCCUUUUACUUGAGUUUCAGUUUUUACUUUACCAACAUCUAUAUAAAGGUCAGCAGGAAUGGAAAGAUAUUUGCCAAACGAUUCAGAUCCCGGGAAGGAAACGGAAUUCCCAUGGCUGUUCGAAAGAAAACUGUUGAAACUGUUAUCCAAACACGCCAGUGCGCAUGCGCUGCAGUGGAGUGACGUGUCUGAACAGUGUCAAACGGGAUGUAAAAAUGAUCGAAAAGGCUCCGGAUAAACAAACGAACCAGGUUAACAGGAGCCAGAACCAGCCGUCCGGAUCGCUGCACAGCCAGGGCUGAACUCUCGGAACCGAACCGGAGGACCGGGGGAUGUCUCGGAGGCGGCUGGACAGCCGCAGCGGGCUGCUGGCGGAGUCCCAGACCCCGAUCAGCUCCGAGCCGCUGGAGAUCGCCUAUGAGGUGACCGGAGAGCUGGGCAGGGGGAAGUUUGCGGUGGUGAAGCGCUGCGUGGAGAAAAGUUCUGGGAAAGAGUUCGCCGCCAAGUUCCUGAGGAAGAGGAGGCGGGGCCGGGACUGCCGGGCCGAGGCCGUCCAUGAGAUGGCGGUUCUGGAGCUGGCCCGGAACAGCCCGCGGGUCGUCAACCUGUACGCCGCCCACGAGACUGACCACGACCUGGUGCUGCUGCUCGAGUACGCCGCCGGCGGGGAGAUCUUUGACUUGUGCGUGUCGGAGGAGCUGCUGCCUGAGGCCCAGGUGACCCGGCUGAUCCGACAGACCCUGGAGGGGGUCCAACACCUGCACCAGAACCAGCUGGUCCAUCUGGACCUCAAGCCGCAGAACAUCCUGCUGACCAGCCUGGCGCCGCUGGGCGACAUCAAGAUCGUGGACUUCGGCCUCGCCCGCCGCCUGGGGACGGCCGGCGAGCUGCGGGAGAUCCUGGGAACGCCCGAGUACGUAGCUCCAGAGGUUCUGAACUACGAGCCGAUCACCACGGCGACGGACCUGUGGAGCGUGGGCGUCAUCGCCUACAUGCUGGUGACGGGCGAGUCGCCGUUCCUCGGAGACGACAAGCAGGAGACGUACCUGAACGUGUCGCAGGUCAACGUGGACUACAGCCGCGACGCGCUGAGCCGCGUCUCCGAACUCGCCGUCGAUUUCAUCAGGAAGCUGCUGGUCAAGGCGCCAGAGGACCGGCCCAGCGCCGCAGAGUGCCUCAGUCACCCGUGGUUGUGGCAGCAGCCGCCGUGCCUGAACCCGGAGCCGGUUCUGGUCCGGCCCGUCCGGGAGCGGAGCUGCGGCACCAAGUGGGCAGCGCCGCUGGAGGACAAGGAGAACUUCCUGGACUCGCCCCAUUCCCACGCCAAGAGGUUCCGCCUGGAGGAGGAGACGGCCGGAGACGGCGACUUCUGAAGACGCCUGAGGCGACGCGGCGCGGACGGCUUCUUCUUCUUCUGUUUUAAAUAGUUUUAAGCUCCCAGAAGCUCUAAUCUGCUUCACUGAUCCUCCAGUCCAACCAAAGAUAACAGCUUCCUGUUUCUGUUCAGCAGCGCUGCUGGACGCCUCCUCCACAACGGCUGCACUGCAGCAUCUAUUUAGGGAAAUCUAUGCAGUUUGAAUCUAUGCCUUAAAGUAGGAAAACCCGUCGGGGUCACCUGGAAGAGCCGCCUGCUGCCGUCACCAGGGAAACCGUUUCCAUCGCCGGCCGCUCCCCGCCGGAUCUCUGCACCCAAACGUAGCUCAGGGUUUAGCUGUAGAGCAGCUGAUGUUCGCACGCCGCGCCGCACACCGUUUCCUGUCAGGACAUACGGCGGCUAACAGGUGCAGCUAUCACCGAAAACUAGCUGCAAAAACUUGAAUGAUGAAACUCCAAAACAAAAAAGAAAAACUCUACGAAGGAAACAAGCAAAAUGGAAAACAGCAAAGACAUCCGGUAUGAAACGUUGUAAACUCAGUCCUCCGCUCCACUAGGGGGAGCCUGGAGUCGGUAAUAUUACCUACGAAAAUAUGCUGCUGUUCUAUGUUAUAAAAAACUGUAUUUGAAAAAGAUGUGAAGUAUUUCUUCCUCCCUCCAACUUUCCCUCCAGAUGGUUUGGUGGUCGGCGCCUCCUGGUGGUCUGGAGGGUUUCAGUGGAGGAGUUAGCAGAGUUUCUGUUUCCUGUAGUUGGGUCGUUUGAGUUUUUCUGAUUGUUAGUUUUUGUGUUUCAGUCAGUUAGCAUCAUGUUUUCAUCGUAUUCGCGCCGCCCAGCCGCCGUACGUUGCUUCCUGCGUAGCACCUACUUCCUGUGCAGGAAGGAAGGGGCGUGUCUGAAGCCAUUCCAGAGUGAUCAUCUCAGGGCGCCGCUCCGCCUGCCACUGGCCUGCUACUGUUGUUAUUAUUAAUGUUAUUUAUGUGCUGGACUGAUUCUGGAUGUUUUAUGAAACGAUGAGCUCAUGUCUUAAUGUUGGCUGAUUGUGGAGGGAAGCAGCUGAUUGAGGAGGCUUUUAUGCUGAAAGGAACUGAGGGAAGUAGAAAUGUGUUGCAGGACGAAUCUGAAAGAUUUGAGUUGGGCAGCUGAAGGAGAGAAACGAGGGAGCAGAGGAAGUGAGAGAGGCGGCGUGCCACAGCGGCUGACCUCAUGACCUCACCACGGGGCACAAAGGGCUCUGUGAGGACGCCCCGUCCCGGGACGUCCCGUGCCGCCGCCGCAGGGAGCCGGUCUGACAUCAGCUGCUUCGCUGGGCCUCCAUGUUUUUUCUGCUGAUUCCUCCUGUUCCAGUCAAAUCAGCCACAAGCACAGAGACCAACGGCUGAAAGGAUGUAACUUUAUUUUUAUUUGUUUUUUAAUGUUUGAGCGUAAUUACAUUUUCAACAGAAGAAAUAAUCUGUAAUCUGAUAACUGCUGGCUAAUCUGUAAGUGUCACACAGCAAACUGGAAAAGCUCAUUAAAGUUGUAGACAACAG